AGCGCUAAGUCAACAUAUAAUAGCAAACUUACAACAAUUAUUUAACAUUUUUAAAGCCAUGAAGAAGGGACAGAGCGCGGAGCAGCCAGGGAGAGCGGCAGAGCGGAGGGCAGACGCGAGGCAGACUCCCCUGGAGGGCCCUUGUGGCGCAGGGCGCAGUCCUUGAGUCUCCGGGGUCGCCUGCCUACCGGGAGCCGGAGCGCAGCGCCGGCUCUGGCUCGCCAUGAGUCACCUCUUCAGUUCCCGGCUGCCUGCUCUGGCCGCCUCGCCCAUGCUCUAUCUGUACGGCCCGGAGAGACCCGGGCUGCCUCUGGCCUUCGCCCCCGCGGCUGCUCUGGCCGCCUCGGGCCGAGCGGAGCCCCCGCAGAAGCCACCGUACAGCUACAUCGCGCUCAUAGCCAUGGCGAUCCAGGACGCGCCCGAGCAGAGGGUCACGCUCAACGGCAUCUACCAGUUCAUCAUGGACCGCUUCCCCUUCUACCACGACAACCGGCAGGGCUGGCAGAACAGCAUCCGCCACAACCUCUCGCUCAACGACUGCUUUGUCAAGGUGCCCCGCGAGAAAGGGCGGCCGGGCAAGGGCAGCUACUGGACGCUGGACCCUCGCUGCUUGGAUAUGUUCGAGAAUGGCAACUACCGGCGCCGGAAGAGGAAGCCCAAACCCGGCGCCGGGGCCCCGGAGGCCAAGCGGGCUCGUGCUGAGCUGCAGGAGCGCCGCUCAGAGGCGCGGCCCCAGGCGGAGAACGAGGCAGCGCGUCCCCGCCCUGGGACCCCCACGCGCCCCUCGCCCCUCGGGGAAGGCUCUUCUCCGCAGGCGUCACUCCACUGGCUGGGCCCUGAGUCCCCGGACCAGGACGCAGGCGACGCUGUCCAGGGCUCAGUGGCUACGGCGGUCGGCCAGCCAGCGCGCACACUGGAUGGCCCCGGGUCUCCUCCGCGGCCCGCCUCCCGCAACUCUCCGAAAAGCUCCAAGUCCAAGAGUUUCAGCAUCGACAGCAUCCUGGCGGAGAGGCAGGGCCAGACACCCGCUGGCGGGGGUGAGGGCCUCGGGGACGCCAAGCCAGGGCCGGCCGGCGACCUGGGCGCCUCCCUUCUGGCCGCCUCCUCCAGUCUCCGUCCACCUUUCAACGCCUCCCUGAUGCUCGACCCGCACGUCCAGGGCGGCUUUUACCAGCUGGGGAUCCCUUUCCUCUCCUAUUUCCCUCUGCAGCUCCCUGAUGCUGUGCUUCACUUCCAGUAAAGCAAACAGUGGCGCCGUUCUUUCCUCUGCCCUGGUUGGAGUCUCCUCUGAGUCACCAGCCAGGGUCCCACCGGCGGGGAAAAGAGGCACGUUCUUUUUCAAAGGAUCUUUGCUUGGGUUCUGGGCAGCCUUACCAACCUCUGUGCGCAGGUGAGCACGUUUGCCGGCCUCCUCCGAAGUGGAUUUACCCAGCAACAGGAAUUUGCUUUGGAGAGUCAAAGGAUUGGUCCCUGUGGGGGUUUUGAUCAGACCCUUUCCAGGAGAAUUCCUCGACCUAAUGCCUUGAAGACCUAAUGCCUUGAACCUCUGCUGCCCAUGGCAGGCGCUGGGCUGCUAGGCAGGGGAGAACGCUGCUGGCCCCCUCAAGGCGGGACCAACAGACAGUGGUCUUUGGAUCUAAGUAUUAUCAUUUCAGCCUCCAUGCCUUGUGUGGCCUGGGUUUUGACUUUGAGCUGAGGUGUGUGUGUGUGGCGGGGACAGAUCUCAGAUGCAUUUGUCCCAAAAGUCCAGUUCGGGGUUCAAGGGUGACCCCGGUUCUCUGGGGUUAUGUUGGAAAUGGAGGCCUGGUUAGCAUUUAUGACCAAGGUUAAGGUGGAAGCUAAGCAACCCCAGAGAGCAGUAAUACUUUUAUUUUAAAUAGAGAAAUUUUCUCUUAAUUUCCUUCUAGACAGUAAAAGGAACAUGCUUUAUUCUUUGCCUAAACACUUGACUCUUCCCACUAUCACAGCAAACAGCUUUUAUAGAGGCGUGGCCUGGGUGGUGAGGUGUUCUGUACCUAGUGGAAUACUCCUUAGUAGGCAUUUUCUGCUGGAUCUAUGAUUCAGAGUAGCUGCUGUGCUUUUGCUUUUGUUUUUAAGGGAUUGAAAGAUUUCAAGCGACAGGGGGAGGGUGUGGAGGGUGGAGUAUGCCUGAGACAACAUCGAAUUUUUUUGUUUCCAUAGUUUUUCAAGAUCUGAGUUUGGUUUUUGCUGCAUUUUUCAGAAUCAUGUAAUGAACGACUACAUUUAAUCCAAAAAACUGAGUGAAGCCAACAAAACUGAUUGAGGGAGAGAUGGGUUAAUUUGGGAAGAGCAAGAAAAUUUGCUGGUGUCUGAGGAAGGGUCUGGCCCAGGAAGAACACAGUGAAGCCUGGUGAGAGUUCUCUGGGACACUCCCAGUCUGGGACCAGAUGCCCCUACCUCUGCAAGCCCCUGCCAGGCAGGCCAGGAGGCUGACUUUGAAUAAACACCUUAAAGAGGGGAUUGGAAGUCUGGUGGGCCGCUGGGUCUGCAGCACAGACCGGGUGAGCUUGAACCUGGGGGGCUACUCCCAGACUCACAGCCUCCCAUCUCCACGUGGGCCACCUUGUGGGUUCUGAAACUUGAUUUCCUGAACCUCCAAGGAACUUGUGUUUUAUCUGGUGUAAGAAAGGUACAAAAAGCCAUGAGUUCUUGGAAGUGAACUGAGAGAGGGCUUCAAAAUAACUUUUGAAGAUGUUUCCCAGGACUUGUAUAAAAAUGAUUAUGGACUUUCAAUCAAGAGGGCUCCCUGGCCCAUGUGUUCAAAGGAUGCUUGGGCAGGCGUAACGAACUGAGAACUGGCAGAUACAGAGUUGGCUUUCUGAAAAUCUAUUCUUAGCCACCACGCACUGCUGACCCACGAGUACUCCAGGACAGGGUUCUGCCCAGGCUGACGGGAAGACUUUGGUGAGCUCCCGAGUGUCUUUGAUUUAGAGAGUCUUGGAGAGGCCCAUCCGUGAGAGCCGGGCUCACUGUGAUGAACUUAAAGCGUGGUGGGCUGUCAUUGGAUAUGUUGUUAUCCCAAACUCUCAGCCUCUGUGAAUAAAG